GGAAGGCUACUAUGCCCUACCGAACUUGACUGGAGCAACCCCAUGGUAAAGGUGGGGAUUCGAGAUCGUUCAGAGGGUUAUACUGUGACCGACCUUUCCUUUCCAGCCUUUGUGUAUGAAAAGUAUAUUGCCAACCCCGACAAUCUGGAGGAAGGUAUUUUCAAGGGCAAAAUUCUGGUACAGGCAUACAAGGCUGUGUUCACGUCUCCCUCAGCAAAGGAUGUAGAGGGCGAUGGUGAUGGUGCGGAUAGAGUGUUCUCAGCAAUCAAAGUCAAGAAGCACGUCGCCCAGAUUAUCCAGAUGGACAAGGUUACUCCUCGCUCAAUUGCCUACAUCACUUGCCAAGUGCGAUUCGCGCUUUCUUCCAUCACCUCAUGGCAGUCGGUGGAUGGUGACUUUGACUACGUCCAAUUCUGGAAGGCAGUGGUGGACUUCUUUGAAAGGGCUCCAGGUUGA